CGUGUAAAUAAAAACAUUUAAUAAGUGUAUUAGCAUGAAUGUAACAAAUUUAUACACUUCAGUGGCUUGCAAUCGCACCACUGAAUGCGCCGAUUGGGGUCCUAGUGGUUUGAUCGCGUAUGGCGCCUCCAAUGCCAUUGCUGUGCUUGAUCCAAAAUAUAACGGCAAUUCAGCUAAGAUACUUUAUACUUUGGUGGAGCACACAAAGCGAGUUAACACGGUCAAGUGGUUGGAUCGGAAGUUCUUAAUAUCUGGCGGUGAUGAUGCCAUUGCAGUAUUUUGGGAAUUGGAUGAGACAGGCGCUCAGCAGCGCAUAGUGCUGCAAGAACAUAAGAGCGGCAUCAAUACUGUGGAUGGACUGCUGCGUUCCAAUGGAGUCUGGCUGCUAGCCACAGCAGCAGCUGACAAUACUAUCAACCUAUGGGAAUUAGAGAAAGAAAACAAACUCAGUUGCUCUCAAACUAUACAGCUAGACACCGGCUUUUGCUUGUGCCUGCGCCUAACAGUGUUGCCCCAGAGCAACCAACUGUUGCUGGCCACCAGCACAGAUGAUGAGACAGUCACGCUGUGGGCAGAAAAGAAAACAACACAGGAAGAUCAGUUUAUGCCUGUGCACAAGCUAUGUGGGCAUGAGGAUUGGGUGCGUGGCUUGGAUUUUGUGUAUGAUGGCGAGGAUUUGCUGCUGGCCAGUAGCUCUCAGGAUAAUUUUAUACGUUUGUGGCGUAUUGCAGCAAGAAGCAAAGGUCAAGUACUGAAGAACCGCAAAGGGGACUUUGCUGCUAUAGAAGGCGAUGAAAUACAUGUUAAGGAACAGAUUCUACAGCUAGCACAGAAUGCUUGGUGUGCCGUUAAAUUGGAAUCUGUGCUGUACGGUCAUGAGGGCUGGGUUUAUGGCGUGCAUUGGCAUAAAAACGAAAAUGAAGAGCUACGCUUGCUCUCCGCCUCCAUUGAUAAGACUAUGAUUGUAUGGGCGCCCAUAGAGGAAGGCGUUUGGAUGGAGCAGGUGCGUGUUGGUACCGUUGGCGGCAAUUCCAUGGGCUUUUAUGGUGGCAAAUUUGCGCCUGAUGGUUGCUCCAUAAUGGCGCACAGCUAUCAAGGUGGUUUUCACAUUUGGAACAAGUGCAAGGAGCAGCCACAUCUGUGGACUUCAAAUGUCAUUAUAGGUGGACAUUACGGCCAGGUGCGUGAUCUGGCCUGGGAGCAUGAGGGCGCCUACUUAAUGAGCGUUUCAGCGGACCAAACUACGCGUCUGCAUGCGCCUUGGCUGCAAGGGGAUGAGACUAAAACAGAAACUUGGCAUGAGCUGGCGCGUCCCCAAGUGCAUGGCUAUGAUAUGCAAGCGGUGGCUUUGCUAUCUCGUUAUAAGUUUGCCAGUGGCGCUGAGGAGAAGAUUGUGCGCACAUUUCAAGCGACAAAGAAUUUUAUAGAGAACUUUCGGCAUAUUUCGCAGCUGGCGCAGGAUGCGGCGGGUGAUGCUUUGUUGGACUCACUGCCCAAGGGCGCUUCAGUGCCUUCACUAGGACUCUCCAACAAAGCUGUGUAUAAAGUAGAAACACCGGAAAGUACAGCUAGAGAUGAAUAUCCAGACAAUUACUUUGUGCCCAUAACAUUGGAAACACCACCACAGGAAGAAACGCUGAUGCAGAACACACUGUGGCCAGAGCUACAAAAGCUUUAUGGCCAUGGCUAUGAGCUUUAUGCUUUGACUGCCACAGCAGAUGGUCAAAUGUUGGCCUCCACUUGUCGUGCCAGCAAUGCGGAGCAUGCAGCAAUUAUACUCUGGAACACAGCUACGUGGAAGCAGCUGCAAAAGCUAAGCGGCCAUCAGUUGACAGUGACACAGCUGCGCUUCUCGCCCGAUGCGCGUUAUUUGCUCUCAGUGUCGCGUGAUCGCCGCUGGUCGCUGUAUGAGCGUCAGCAGCUGGAGAACCCGCUCAGCCCUUAUGCAUUAGUAGCGCAUACGGAUAAGAACAAUGGCGUGCAUACGCGCAUUAUAUGGUCCUGUGACUGGUCACAUGAUGGCAAAUACUUUGUGACCAGCUCGCGUGAGGGCAAGGCGGUGAUAUGGACGAAGAAUGCAGCGAGCGAUGACAAGAGUUCACUUAAUGGCUGGCAAGCGGUUAGCACGCUGGAGCUAAAGAAUGAAUCCAUAACCGCAGCAUGCUUUGCACAACGUUGUUUGGACAGCUCGGCGUAUGUGCUGGCCUUGGGCAUGGAAUCCGGACAAAUCAACGUAUACACAUUUGAGCACGACAAAUGGCUGCUCAGCUGCGAGUUAAACAAGGACUUGGCGCAUCAUUUGACUGUCAAACGUCUGCAGUUUAGACCGGGUCAACAGUCCUUGCAGCUUGCCAGCUGCGGCGAGGAUCAUUUGGUGCGCAUUUAUACCAUUGAGCUGACAGCAAAUUAAACUAGCCUUAAACUCAUUAAAGAGUCUAACUUUCUCUAUA